AAUAACUGAUUACCAUUCCUAUUGAAAAGCGCGUAAAAUGUAUGCUUUGUCGAAACUACGUCACCCUAUGUUGCAUCGUUUUUGGAAUCGCACAGAAUAUCGUUCAGUAAAAGCCUGCAGGCCUCGCGAGCCUCCAUGCCCGCCGCCGCCUGCGCCGAAGCAAAUCACUCAGAACUGGGUAAGCUACGGGUUCGACUACGAGAACUGCCACGACGAUUACAACUACCAUCACGCGUCCUUCUUCUUCACUGUGACCUUGUGUAUCAUCUUUGGCGGUUUUGCCUGGGUGUACGCUCCGGACGUGUGUCUGAGAGACUGGGCGCAGAGAGAAGCGUUUCUUGAGCUCCGUCGGCGGGAGGCAGGCGGUAUGCCCGCUAUAGACCCUAACUAUGUCCCCGCGAGUAAAGUGAAGAUUCCUAGUCAGCAGGACAUAUGUGACUGGGAUAUUGAUAUCGUAAUAUAAUGCUUUAUUGAUAUUCAUUACAAAGAACUUUAGG